AAUUGGGAUGGCAUCUCAUCAACAAAACAGACGAAAGUCAGAAAAUGUGAAAAGGUUGCAAUUUUAGCACCAAUUUCGUGCCGUACGGUGUAAAACGACCCGACGAGUCCGUAAAUAAAACGAUCGUGCACGGAACCAUCGUGAUACCAAUAGUGUGAAAAGCGUACCACCCUCUGAAAAAUCACGCAAGCCGUCGUUUGGCAUCAUCUCAUUGCCGUGAAAACGCAAAGACGCGCUUCUGAUUGUUGUCGAUGCCCUUGCCGUCCUGAUUGAAAAGAAAUCGGUUUUAUUGAGGACCAAAAGUAGCAGCUUUCUACUGUGCUGUGACAGAGUGAGCAUCUGUAUUCGUUGUGCGUAUGUGUGUGGUCUAGAAAUUGUUGGUCCAUCUUAAAACUGGCAGCGUCUAGAAAGCUGGAACAUUCCACCCAGAUCGCCCGACACCCACCCACCCACUCCCCCAUUCGUACGGGGGGUGUACAAGCAUUCUUCAAUCUGCACACGUCGCGGGUGUCAACCGUGACCUACAACAGGGACAGGAAGUAACGUCCGGCAGGAAGGAACGAGCUAGAAGCGGAUCCAAAUCAUCACGAAAUGCUGACGACACCGUCGUGCUGGAAAUGAUGAUUCGCAGCUCUACUAAUUGUUGCCCGCAAUGGAAGCAACCGCUGGGUACGGCGAGAGUUAUCGCGCAUACCACAUCGCGGUGUUCAAAUUAACAUGUUGAUGCAGACGUCCCGUAUCCGUGUGGUGGAGGAGUGCUGUACGAGUCCGUCCUCCCGUGUGUGAAGUGGCGUGGGGUUCGAAAAACGUGUGUGUUAGCAAAAAAAAAGCAAACGAGAAGAAUUUCCGUGCGGUUGGACACGGGACACACAAGCCAAGGAGGUGUGAGACGCGAAGAGGGUUUGGCGUGAAAUUUCGUGCGUGUGCGCGCGGGUGUUUGCGCGUAGUAGUGUGUGUGCGUGUAUGUGUGGGGAAUUUAAUAAGCCACUUGAGUCACUUUCGUCCGCCCGUCCCCCAGCUUGGCUUUCGCGCGUGUGAGUGUGUGGUGAUAUAUAUAUUUUUUGUUAUUUCGUGUGUGGUUCUGGUACGGUUGAUUUGCAACUCUCGCGGUCAACAACUACUGCUGCUGCUGCUGCUGCUGCAACAACUAUACUUCACGUAACACAACGGGUGACGGGCUAUGCGAGGUCAUGGAGUCGUCGUCGUUGUCGUGGUCGUCAAUCGCACGACUGUGAACGUGCCUGCCGUGUGUUUUUGUGCACUGUCCGCGUUCUGAAAGGACUGACCGGAAAGCCGAGAUACCGUACAUUCGAUAAUACGCGUCCGACAGGGUGAAGAUAGCAGGCUAGGUGUGCGUGUGUGUGUAUGUGAAUGCGUGGCUUUUGUGCGCUCGAGGUGUGUUGCUGUCGCAGCAGGAAGACGACGACGAAGAAGAAGAAGGCAGAAGUAGUGAAGGAAAUGGAGAAACAUAAUACGCUGGAUGUCGCGUCGUCGGCGGCCCGGGUCACCACCAUCACGGGGGGUGGUGCGAGCAGCAAGCUAAAGCGAGCAUUUUCAAUGCCGCGCAAUCCAUUUCAAGGUUCGCGAGGAAGUAACCACCCGGCUGCUAAAGCGGUUGGCAAUGGCAACGGUACAGCAGGCGCUGCAGGCGAGAAAGAUGACGAAUCGCGUUGUGAUUCGAGGUUAACCAACUGCAGCAAUCAGAAGAAAUCGACCACAACCACCACGGCUGGUAGUGAUGGUGGGGGUGGUACGGAGGGUGCCGGCCCAGGCACCAAUGUAGGUGGUGGUGGUGGUGGCGGCAACGAGAAGAAGAUCUUCCGCCGAUUGUCGGUGAAAAAGUUUAUCAAUCGCAUUGCACAACAGAUGACUUAUGUCAAUCGCACGGUGGGCAAUCAUAAAUUCGACAAGGUACAAUCGUCACAACCAUCCACCCUCAAUGGAUCGGCACGAACCGGCAACGGCGGUACAGCUGGUGGAGGGAAUGUGGCCACGGGGAACUUUGUGUGGCCACCCGAUACCGUGCCGGGCGUGAUAGGGUUACGGAACCAUGGCAAUACUUGCUUCAUGAACGCCGUGCUACAGUGUCUCAGCCACACGGACAUACUGGCUCAGUAUUUCGUUUUGGAUCUUUACAAGGCCGAUCUGAAACGACGAAACAAAAUUAAUGCCAAAAAGUUCGGUACUAAGGGCGAGCUGACGGAGCAGCUGGCCCUGGUGCUCAAGUCGCUGUGGACGUGCAAAGACGCACCGGACUAUAGUUCUAACUUUAAGGCUGUGGUCGAUCGAUACGGAAGUCAAUUCAGAAGUUCCACCCAGCACGACGCACAGGAGUUCCUGUUCUGGCUGCUGGACAAGGUGCACGAAGAUUUGAACACGGCAACGAAACGGAAGUACAAAGCGAUCAAGAAUAAUGGCCGCUCGGAUGAGGUGAUCGCCGCCGAAACGCUGGCAAACUAUGUGCGUUGCAACAAUUCAUUCGUGCAGGCCGUUUUUCAAGCCCAAUUUCGCUCCUCGCUGUCCUGCCCGACCUGUGGCAAGCAGAGCAAUACGUUCGAUCCAUUCUACUGUCUGUCGGUGCCACUGCCCCAGCUGUCCCAGCAGCCUGUGCUGGUGAAGGUGAUCUAUUCCUCCCAGCAACCGAAACAAGUUAAGCUUGGCCUAGGCAUUCCGCACGGCUCGCCCGUGCUGGCGUUGCGCGAACAGCUGCAUGCCGACACCGGCAUUGCCCUCGAUCGGAUGAUACUGACCGAAAUCUGCGAAUCGGGAUUCAGCCGCGUGUUUUGCGAUUCACACCUAAUGUCAUCCGUGCGCGAAAAUGAUCCACUGUACUGUAUCGAAUGUCCAACGCCGGGCACCGGCCAGGAAGCGUCCAGCGGAACUAAAAUUGUGCUCUGUCUGUGCAACGGGAAGCGAGACUUUGGUGGACAGGUGAAACGCUUCGGCACUCCGUUCUGUUUGGUCGUGAAUCGGGACGUUUCGUACAGCGAACUUCAAAAGUUGCUGCUGAAGGAAAUGUCGGCCAUUUUGCGGUCGGAGGUGUUUACCUUUGCGACACCGGCUCAAAGUUUGUUCCGUAUGCGGCUGCAAGACCCAUCCUGCGAUGCAGACACGUACCUAGAGGCGACGGUAGAACAUCCCCUGUUUACGGAAAUGAUUGAUCUCGCGCUUUCGGUGCUGCCGACAGAUGCGGGCCCAGCCCACGUAAAGCUACUGCUCGAAUGGGCCGAACCGGAACGCUUCUUUAAUGAUAUGGGCGACCCGUUUGUGGAGCACGAAAGCGUCAGCCAGAUGAGAGAGAAAAUUCCCGCCAGCUCGGCGCUUACGCUGGAGCAGUGCUUCGAACACUACACCAAGGCGGAAACACUUGGGCAGGACAAUGCGUGGAAGUGUCCCCACUGUCAGGAGUAUCUGCCGGUGGUGAAAACGCUCGGCCUUUGGUCGUUGCCGGACAUAAUGGUGAUACAUCUGAAGCGCUUCCGGCAGCAGCAACUCCGCGCCAGCACGCAGGCAGCCAAGCUGACAAAUCUGGUAAAGUUCCCGCUGCACGGUUUCGAUAUGACUCCUCAUCUGGCGCGCGAUCCCGCCGCACACCAGCCCAAUACGUCGCACCCGUUCCAAGCUUCCGCCCACCAAAGCCACACACUGGAUCGGCAGCAGGUUGGUGCAUACGCGGACACGGACAAUUGGAGCCCGUGGCGUAAAAUCAUGCGCAGUGCCCAUUCAACGCAAACACAUUCCAUGCUGGUGGGAGGAGGAGGAACAGGGACGGGUCGUCGUCAGCUAGCGAUGGACAACCGGUACGAUCUGUACGCCGUGUGCUACCACCAGGGGGACACACUUGAGACGGGCCAUUACACUGCCGCCUGCAAGAACCCGUACGAUGGGCAGUGGUAUCGGUUUGACGAUCAGCGCGUCUCGCAGGUACCGAGCGAUCGUAUCGACGAGGAAAUUAUCAACAACGAGGCUUACUUGCUGUUCUACCAAAGACGAAAGCUGCCGGCGGACGGAUCGGGCGAAUGUUCUGGCAGCUCUAGCUCCAGUUCCGGCGAUCAUUGGGUGUCGAAAAUCAUUGUCCCACCAGCAACGAACGCAUCCACGGCAACUUUGGAACGUAACAAAGCGCAACCGACGACCACGGCGACUAGUGCUGCAGCAGCAGCGAUCGUCAAAUCGUCACCAGAGGUUCCAACGGACAGAGACCACCACAUCGUCCGGUAGCGCGUCAGCAACUGUACUACCGGCCAGUACUUCUCCCGCAAUCGAAUGUGGUAAAUCGCCCGAAGAAGCAGAAACCAAAGGGAAGGAUUGCAUGGCGGAUGUUAUGUCCGUAUCGUCGACAAACGAGAAAAAGAAUCGCGAAGAAGGUGCUGCUCAGCUGGACGACGGAGACGUUAAGAGUUUACCUGGCAAAGCGAAGCCCAAGGACGAAACGGUGGCCCAAGCCCAAGAGGAACCGAUCGCACCGAUCGCCGUCAGUGGGGCUAAAAGUGAUCAACAAUCGGCAUCUUCACCUACUGCUACAUCACCUUCACCGUCAUCAUCAUCAUCAUCGUCAUCAUCAUCGUCAGCUGUUGUGCCAACGGAAAGCAAACAAGAAACUAUCGCCCCCGAAGCCAAAGAAUCUAAGAUAUGUACGACGGACGAAGCGACCAAACAAUCGUCGGAAGCACUACCGAACGCUAACAGCAGUGCCAAGGCCAUCAUCCCGAGCAAGGAAGCUGGCAGUGAGCAGUGUUGGAAAAAGGAGACUUCCGGCCCGGUAUCGUUGCCACUGCGGACCGAUAAACACGACCGGGUAGAUCAAAAGCUGGGCCAAGCGACGUCUUCGGCAGCGGUAGCCACGAACGGUGGCGGUCGCUUUUCGCUGCCGUCUUCCCAACAGUUUCAAGACAUUCUGUGGCGUGAGAACAUGUCCGAGCUGAUGCACCAUCGACCGUCGUCCUUUACCACGUACAAGAGCGUGCUUGAGGCGGGAGAUGCCGUGUCGCUGAUCCGCGGCGCAAACACGUGCAGCAAGGACACGCUGCUGUUUAUCGAUCAGCAGAACCACGGGCUCGAUCGGGUGGUGCUGGACGACGACGACGAUCCGAACGAUCUGCUUCCGCCGGGCAGUGGAAGUCGUGCGCUGUGGAUUUCCCCGGUUACGCCACACAAACUGAUAACCGUGUCACCGAAGAACUAAUACCGUGUUUAAGCCCGACCCCAGUGCCUCGUGCGUUGGGUGUGAAAGUGAAAGUAUUUCCGGCGCUCUGUGCGCGUGUUUUGUGAGUGCUUGUGUUUAGCGUGUGCGUGUUUUGUAAUCUGUUUUGUUGAACUAUUCUUAUGGUUAUUUUAUUAAUGCUGCUUGCGCGUGUUUUUGUAUGUUUACUCUUAUUUUGCACCAUUUUUAUUUUAAAUCUACGUGUUACAUCAAUGUUAUGUUAGUGUGUAGCCUUUUUUUGCGUACAUCUUUCCUCCCUUCUUCUGUCGCGUAUAAUUUAUCGAGCAAAAAACAUCGUACGAGCAGUGUGUUGUGGUGUGAAGCGUGAGCGCGCGGGCGCAAUAUGAUUGCAAACGCGCGACUCCGCACACAUUCCCUUAUUCCUGUGGAGCCACGAAUCCUCGACCCUGGGGAAGGCUGCUAUUAUUAUUAUUAUUAUCAUAAUUAUUAUUGCUGCGCUUGUAUUAGCAUCAAUCGUGUGGGGAGCAUCCUGAGCACCACUGGUUUGGGCGGGAGUUGGGAUCGAAACACGAGAAACACUCACCAACGCGGCGGAUGAGGGUGGUGAAAUGGUCAAUUAAGGGCAACGCUGUUUGGGUAGAGCUUGUUCGGUUGCGCGUAGCUUUUGGUUUGGCUUUUUUAUUUGAGCAGCAAAAGAGGAUAGAGGUUGUCCCGCAGGCGGCAGGUCAGAACUCGUCGAGUAUGAUGGUGAAGAAAGUGAUAUUUAUUCAACAACAAACAAAAUUUCGAAACGGAAGGGAGGGCCUAAAGGAUGAAGAUUGCAGCGUUUGUAGGUUAGAUUCAUACUCAUUUUCAGAAGAAAACAAAACAAAGAAAACAUGCAUAAGAACAAUUGUAUUACUUCGUGUAGGCAACACCACCAACCAGCGCUUCGAAAGCGUGUGUGAGUGUGUGUGAGAGUUAGAUGAUAGACAAAAAGGCAAACGAAACAAGUUAUAUGCAAGAAACAGGAUUCAUCUUUUGAGAGCAACAACGGCAACAACGAUCUACCAACCAUUCGCCCUUUUAUCCCCCCCAAAACUCUAUAAUCCUUUCGAUCGUGUCCCCGACUCGUGUUGUUACUCAUGAUUAAUACCCUCCAAGACACAUAUAUUCCGAUUAGAAAAACGUAAUGUUAGAGUUGCGUGGCCCUUCCUCCGAGCGGUCCGAGAGUUUUCGAGAGAAAGGUGGAAGCAAGCAAAGCUAUUACUAUUACUACUAAUUACCUACUAUCACCCACUGCAUUGCUGUUGAGCGCGUAAAGAGAAAAGCAAGUGGGCGAAGAUCACCAUCCAACCAACCAACCAAUCCGAGCGGGAUGUAGCGCAUCUAUUAGUGAAAGUGACGCAAGUACAAUUUAAUGUUAGUUAUAUAUUAUAUGAGAAAUCGUGUCUCCUGCGUGCUGCGAGGUAUUGAAAUGGUGGUGCAAUCGUGGCAAUUAUUUGGAGCCUCUGAAGAUGGAAAGCACGACACGCUGGGCGCGGGAGAUGAUUCCUCACAAUCCUUUUAAAUUAUUGAUGAUUGAUGAUAACAGAGAAAACGAACGAACGAAUGAACGAUGUGAAAAAGA